AGAAAGAGAGACAAUGAAGAAUGUGGCAGAUUAAAGUGAGGUACACAGAGAUAGAGAGGAUACUGACAGAGAAAGAGAGAGAGAGAUCUGAGAUGUGCAGAUGUGUGUAUUUGCUGGUGCUGAUAUUCAGCAUUUUCAGAAGAGGUCUGACCUCUUCAUCUGAUGUGACUGUUCUACCAGGAAAAAACGUCACACUGCACUGCAACAUCCCCCCCCAUAGUGAAAUGUUCUGGUACCAGCAAAUCAACGAUGAGCUCACAGUGAUCAUUUCAGCCACUAAAGGAAAUCUUAAUCAGGAGCUGGCAGUGGAUUACAACAAAGAUACUGAACACUUCCAGCAUCUCUUUCAAAAUGAUUCAAGACACAACUUCAGUGUCUCUCUGAGUCUGACCAUUGUGGACAUCAGACAGUCUGAUAUCGGCCUUUAUUACUGUGGGGUCAGACAGAAAGGGAAGUCUAUAAACUUUGGGAGGGCUGUCUAUCUGCACUUUACAGAUGUGGUGAAGUACACUCCUGGGAGUGUGCAGUGCUGGACAACUCUCAUUUCUGUCUGCUGUGCACUCGCUCUCAUGUUCAUGCUCUGCCUCGGUGUCAUCUACAAACAAGGUCUUCCUUCAUGCUUCCGUAUGAACUGCAUGAAAGAUGAUGCCAUGAAGGAUGCAGAUUUGCAAUAUGCAAGUCUCAGACACAGUGCAACACCUCAGGAGAGACGUGCUCCACCUGCUCAUCACAACGUGACCUAUGACACUGUUGCGACAAAGGUCAACAAAAGUCCCAGAGUUUAAGCUAUGUAUCUGCUUUUCUACUUCUGUGUGUGUGUGAGAGAGAGAGAGAGAGAGAACUUACAACACACCCACACAGACGUUUCUUCAUUUUCAGCAUCAGUUUGUUUAUUACAUAUGGCUCAUUUGCAUAUCAUUUGCAUAUUAAUAUUGUAGUUUAAACAAAAGCAUAUAUGUAGCUUCAAAUACUUUAAUAUAUACAUGCAGAGUGUUUAAAAAGCCAGUGUUAAAAGCUGUCAUGGAGCAUUGUUGUGGUGUUUCAGCCUGUAUCAGCAGUGUGAUAUGAAUAAAUAAAUCGUGCUCAUGAAUAAUAUAUCAGCUUUAAGUGA